GGAGUUGCUGCCGAUGGGACAUAUCGCCAGAAAUGUUCGGCUGAUUGAUCGAGCCAACGUCUUCGCCCAUGACAAGACUCUGAUUGCGAAUGAAGAUGAUCCACCAGCUCUCGGUCCGGCGAGGCAUAACACCCUUCCUGUCGACUCCCACCACACUUCUUCGGACCGGGUGUCAAUCAACGGCUAACAUCGCUCGUCAUAGGCUGUAUGCGUCUCAUCCGGUAAUCAACGGUCAUCAGAAUGGUCAAAAGUCGUCAGAGACAUGGAUGUUUUUCAGUGGCAUUUAUCCGAUCAGCUUGGGUCGAUUUGACUUCCGUCCACGAUUAAUAGGUCCCAACUUGAAGGAUUUAGAAAGCCGUCUCCGGGCCCUUAUGGACCGUUCCGAAUACCCAUCACUCGAGAUAGACCAGGUCGAGCCGCGCAUCAAGGAAGGUGGCGCAUUUGUCAGAUUCGCUUCCGUUGCCCCCAUCGAACCCGGCCUUCUACGUGCCCAUCUUCUCGCCAAAAUCGAUGACCUCAACCUCAAGCCGUUCUGGUUGUUUAAUUCACGGCCUGACGUCCACUUGGUCCAAGGGAAGCCCUGGUUAGAGGACAUGAAUAUGUGUCCCAACCGAAAGGUGAUGGUGGAAUUUGAAGGCCCAGUACUCGCACAAGAAGAACUAUGGACUUUAUUCCGUCCGUUUGGUAGGGUUAAAGAAAUUCACAUGCCCACACCCAAGGACCCUAUUCAAAUUGCACACGUCACACUGGACGGAAUCCGGCCGGCUGCAAUCGCUCGUAGCUGCUUACAUGGCUUGACCUAUCGAACGGGCCCAUCGGGCAGCUUUACGAGGAUUAGAAUCUUAUAUUCCCCCCGGAUCCAUGCAAAAACCGCACGCGAUUGGUUGGGCUCUCAUCCGAAGAUCGUUCUCCCUAUCUUGGCUCUCCUCCUCGGCGGCAUCAGUUACACCUUCUUUGAACCCAUUCGCCAGUUUUUCAUCAAAUCACACAUCGCCGGAACAUUUGACCUUCAACAAAAUGCAGUUUUCUCUUGGCUCCAGAAGGAAACCGUUGGUCGUUUAGGCUUUGGGCGUGAUUUGACCGGAGGGACUGAUUUGGCAGGUAGUGCGGUGGAAAAGGAACGAGGUGAUGCGGUGAGAGAGUUGAACACCUGGUUAUCUGGAACACCUGGAACUUUUUUCGUCGUCCUUGGUCCCAAAGGCAGUGGAAAGAGUCAAGUGGUCCAGUCUGUUCUCAACGAAAGAGGGAACUCGUUGGUCAUCGAUUGUGCCAGCUUAAUACAAGAUGCAACGAACGAUGACGUUGUGAUAGCAAAUCUGGCGAAAUCGCUAGGAUACUUUCCCCAAUUCUCAUUUUUCGCUUCGGUCAAUAAUGCAAUCGACAUGGCUGCUGCCGGUCUAGUGGGCCAGAAAGUCGGAUUCUCUUCUUCUCCGGAAGAUCAGAUGCACCAGAUCUUGGAUACUGCGGAGAAGGCCCUGAGAGAUCUGGCCAAAGAUGCUUUCAUCAACCGCCAACACCACUUUGUAAAUCAAAACCAUCAAGCGGGCAAUGCGCAAUCGGAAAAAGAGAGUAUCGCCCGCCUAUUCCAACAGGUGAUCGAAAGUAUUCCUCUUAGCGGCCGGUAUUUGACAGAUAAAACCUCAGAUGCUCCGGUCGUGGUUCUCAAAGACUUCUCGAUCAACGCCUCCGCCAAACAUCAGGUCCUGUGGGACUGUCUCGCCAGUUGGGCGUGUCGUCUGACUGAAAGUGGGACUGCCCAUGUAAUCUUUACAAGUGAGAACUCUGGCGCACUGAAGCCUCUCACGCAAGCUUUCUCAACUCGACCAGUCAAAUCUAUCGUCUUGACCGAUGCAAGUACAGAUAGUGCAUUGCAAUAUGUCUCGAAGAGAUUAUCGACUGAUCCCAACCGGAAGAGUACCGUGUUGGCCAAAGAUUCGGCACUGAUCCAGAUCGUUGGCGGCCGAUUGACGGACUUGGACUUGCUAGUUCAGAAGAUUGAAAGUGGCUUGGAUGUGGAGCGUGCCAUUGAGGAGAUCGUGAGACAGUCGAUGGAAGAGAUCAAACGGAAAUGUUUUGUCCAUGGUGAUCACGAUCAGUCUAAGCUCCUGCCCUGGGCUAAUCACCAGGUUUGGGACCUCAUCAAGCGUCUGUCAUCUCAUGAUGAGGUUCCAUUGUAUCCAAUCUUGAGCGAGACGUUUGACGAUGAUCUUUCGGUCCUGUCGGCGUUGGAGUCGACCGAUCUGAUCACUCUAUCCACCCACGAGAAUGGAGAAACGAUGAUCAGGGUUGGCAAGCCGGUUUACCGGACAGCGAUCGAGCGACUAUUGUCCCAGAAGCAUUUCGCAGCGACGCACGAUCUGAAUUGGGCUAAGAGGAGGAUGAAGAGAGCCGAAGAGUCGAUUGAAAGCAAGCUCCAUGAGCUCAUCGAGCUUGGCAAGUUGUUCCCGACGAUCUACACCGUCGGCAGUGACCGGCAAAGUUGGUUGUUUGGAUCCACCCUGCCCACUCAGAUCAGGUGGAAGGUCAAGAGGAUCUUGCAUGACCUUGACCGGCUCGAACAGAUCGUCGACUCUGCUGAGAGCGAUCUCAAACGGGCUAAGACCACUUUGUACUCCAGCCCUCCUUCUGUUGUAUCCAAAAAGAAGUAGAUUGUUUGUAAACUAAAGCUUCAGAUGUACCUCCUUCGCUUGGCUCAAUGUGUGAAUGCCAGUUAUAUUAAGCUCCUUUUCAUUACGUUGAACAAAUGUUGAAUGGAUCUGGUUGGAGUCGUGAAUUGGUUAGCGUUACCAGUACUCUGGUCGUAUGUACCAAGUGUAAUCUUGUUUUGAUGAUGCUCUGCAGACUCAUUAUUAAUUACAAUGUGUUUAAUAUGUAAAUGCGGAUUCAGAGUGUAUUUA